AUGCCGAAGCGAAGCGCGAAGUCUGUGAUCGUGGAUAGACCUACCAAAGGUGUAUUGGUCGAGAUCCAUACAAAGAAACGCACCACGCACCGCAUUCAACCCAUCCCUGAUCAAGUUCAAUCAACCCCAACUCCCAUCGGCAAACGACGACGCUUUGACACUACUCCAGAGAAUGAUUGGAAUGGGGAAUCCAACUAUCGCGUUUCUCCUCCCCCCGACAAUCAGGGCCAAUCCAUUGAGCCUGAGGAGGCCGUGGUUGAGAAUAGUAACUACGACUAUAUGCUCCAAUGGAACGAUCGCAUUAACAUUUACCUCAACCACCUCUACAACAACGAAAUCAGGGGCGGUGCUCCUUGCCAGGGUUGUGGGUCAGGCGAUCCACUCUGGCGUUGCAACUCGUGUUUUGAUAAACCUAAACUAUGUUCCCAGUGCUGUCGGUCGCGUCACCUUAACCAGCCUCUUCAUCGAGUCGAAAUUUGGACGGGGGAAUUUUACGAAUCCUCCUGGCUAUGGAAACUGGGAAUUUCCAUUCACCUAGGCCACGGGGGAGAACCUUGCCCCUGCGUUUACCAACCUCCGUUCAGUUUCCCGAGCAAUGACGACUACAUCUCACUCUCCCAAUCAACUUGGGAAAAUCACCACGACUUCACCUUCGGCGCUAGUCCCCAGAUGGGUCGAGAUGGACAUGGCCAGGAGAUGGUCCUCGUUCAUACCAAUGGCAUCCACCAAUUAGCGGUAUACCAAUGCCUGUGUCCCGGAGCUCCAUCCAUAGACGAGCAGUGCGUUCUGGGAGGCCUGUACCCAAGCACAUUCAAAUCGGUUGCCACCGUCUUCACUCUUGAGCUCCUUCAGGACUUUACUCUGGCGUCGUUGGAAUGCCAGACUUCCGCCUCGGACUACUUCAGCAAGUUGAGGAGGUUAACGAACCCCGAAUUUCCAGAUUCUGUACCCGAUCGGUACCGCGAGCUGCUUAGAGCAUCGCGACAAUUUGGAUAUCUUCAAGAACUCAUGCGCUUUGGGUGUCCGGCGAAAGAGUCUGCUGUUGCACCUGGGUCUCUCGCUUUCUUCUGCGCGGCUUGCCCUCAACCAGACGUGAAUUUGGAACCGGGGUGGGAAAGGGAUUCGGAAAGUUGGAAAUAUACCAUGUCCUUCAUCGCCGACGGCAAUUUCGUCUGCGUUAGGCAAACGAGAAAAGGGUCAGGGCAAGAUUUGUUCCUUAAACAGGGCCAGGGGUAUUUCGUCGGGGCACGAGCCUACAAGUCAUAUUUAAAUGGUGCCCGGGAGGAUAUUGAGCCAUCUACCUGCAAUCAGCAUAGGGCUGUCGCGGACAAGAACAAAGCUCACAAGGGUUAUGAAGCCACAGGAAUCGCGGAGUUUCUGCUCAAGCUAUUCAAGACUUCUGUGGAAAAUCUUCAAGAGGUAUCCGAAGCGUUGGAGAUGCUGAAGGCGUCCGCAUCCGAGGAGACGCGUUCAAGAUGGGACGCUGAAUUAGAAGCGGCGCAGAGAUUAAGGGAAGGAAAGAAGCCCGAGUCGAUGGAUAUUCUGCUCUCUAAACUUGAGAAGGCGCCGUCCCGCAAGUCCAUCGAGACAAAGUUAAUAGGGGCAGAAGCGGCAGCCAAUAAGCACGUCGGCGUCAGCAUUUGGGUCAGCGAAGGGAUUGCCAUCCAGGAGGAUCAAAUGGAGGUUCUGGGACUGCUUGCCGAUCAGAAGGUGGCGACUACUGAGAGUCGAACCUUGGAGGUUGAGCGUAAGAGAGCUCAAUUGUUGAAGCGCUCCAACGACCAUCACCAGGAGGCUCUCAAGUUCUUUCCGAAGUUAACACCGCCAGGCGGUAGCGAGAUAGAUAUUGCGGUGGUAACAGCGCCGAUUAGAGAGCCUUGCGAUUGCGAGGACAAUUGCGGUCAUAUGGGGAUGAAUAUUGACCCUUUCAGUGACGUGGCUGCAGGUCCCAUCGAGAAGAUGACAGUUUUACUCCCCUCUUCUGUGUCAGCCAGGGUUGAGCUUUUCUCGAAGCACGCCAUUGAAGCCGAACUGAAACUCCGCCAGGCGCAGGCGGACGAGGCGCUGGAGAACGUGCGGACACAAGUAGGGUACAAGUCCUUCUUGUUCAAGGCAAACAUUCAGCUAGCGGAGAAUAAAGCGCAGAAGACUAGAGGGUACGCCGCGGUUGCAACUGCCGAUAAGGCUAUCCGACGGUGGACUCGGGUAUACAAUCAAGCACGAUGGGCGAUCACAGCGCUCACCAAGGAUGCAGCGGUCCUUGGUAAAUACCCCCCUCUUCUUAAGGCGGACCUCACCCCACUUCAGUCAAUUUACCAGCCUAAUGCUCCGGGCAUGAGCCGCCAAAAUGUCAGCUGGAUUUGGGGGCGGCGAAGUGGAAGUAUUAUGAAUGAUCCGGAAUUUCUGCAGGAAAGCCCGAUGGAUUCCUCGAAAGACGGAAAGAAAGGUGAAGUCGAAUUCACCUAUAGUCCGCCCGGUACAAGCCCGGAGAUGGUGGGGACGAUGUUCGCCGACCUGGACACGUUGGACUUCGCGAGCCUCCAACAAUUUCUGUACUAUCUCUCAUCUCGCAAGCGAUCGGCGGGUCUAGCAUAUGGCUCACACUUCGCCCAGCUAUCUAUCGAUCAGCGCGCAGAAUUUUUGAAAAUUUUAUUCGAUGACAUCACUUGGCACACGAUGAUCUUCGGAUUCGCAAGCCUGCGGUAUCCUGAGGUGAAGCCAGGGGAGGCUCACCGCAACCUAGGCCGACUUUUCAUGCACAUUCGCUACGGCGAUCCUACCCUCAUCGUCGCCGCCUGCUCACCGUCUUAUCAAAAUGUGCCCGACCGAUUACUCGCCCACUACGAAGCGAAUUGGUGGAACCCCUUCGAUCCAGCCAAGAAUUGGGACAACAGCAAUAUCUCGUUUGUGAUCAAGACCUUUCGCCAUCAGAGGCAGUUCAUGAUGGCGCUCCCGCGCGCACCCCUACCCAGCAACCGUCUCUCCGACUUGAGCCUUUUACAACUCAGGAAAUGCGCCGACUCGAUCGAUGAGUGCAUCGCAAUGAUCGGCCGAGAUAUCAACCUGUCGGCGCGGGAAAUCGCGAAAGCUGUGGCUCUCUAUUGUCGCUGGAAGGUUCUAUUGCUCCAGGCCCGGGUAGCGCAAAAGAAGAGGGCUGAGGCAGCCCAGGUUGAUGGCCUUGUUGCUCGGGGUAUUAACCCUGCAUACGUGGCGGAUCUCCUAAAUUUGCGUUUGCAACUUGCGUUUACCGCAUUUGCGCAGGAUGACACCGGCAGCCUGUGGAAGGCGCGUCAUAACUGUUUUGCGGAUGAGGUGACUCAAGCAAUCUUCUUCGUCGGCCUAUCCAAAUUCUAUGAAACUGGCAACUACGUGGGAGCAUUUACAAGCAAGGUGGUCGAAGAUUGGGACGAUAUUUUCGAUGGGGUGGAGCAAGGGAGGCUCCCUCUCUAUUUAGAAGCCGAAGCAUGGAUUUUGGACCCCAAUCCAGUUCAUGAACUCAUGCCCGCCGCUUGGUGGAAACCGAACGCCGCGUCAAUCGCUCUCAUCGGGAUAUCCCAGAUGGUCGAGGCGUGGGCGGCAUACAUGCGUCGGGGCCGUCCAUCCAAUGCGCCGAACGCUGUGGACGAAAGUUACAGGGAGGUGUUGGAGCAAUGCGUAGGGCUCUACGCCGGUUGUCGAGACGGAGUCGCCGAUCAGUUAGAUCUCACCGCCCAACAACUCCUUCCAGCAUUCGAGGCAACCGUGAAUCGACUAUCGGAUAUUUCCUUAUACCCCUUGUACGGGCACUGGUACAAGAUCUGCUCCAAGUCGGACAAGUUGGCCUUGAUAGAAGAGUGGAAGGAAUCGAAGGGCGGCGACCGUGCUGAGACCAGCGCUCGAGGAUCGCGCUCUGGGUCGGCGCUGGGCUGA